AUUUUGUGUUCACAUUCACAAGUCUUUUUCUGCUCCCUAAGAUAAUUUUUUCCCCCUUCUGUUUUUUCUCUUUUUAAGUUUUCUCCUUCCUUCUCCCUGACAUAACUCUUCGCUUGACCUUCAGAAACAGUUUCAGUUUUUUUAAAUGGAUACCUUUGUGCAUGACAAACUAAACCAGUGGGGUCUCAAUGAAUUCAUAAAAAAAUUUGAAGAUGAAGGAGUGGAUAAAGAGAGUCUUUAUUGUCUGGAGGAUAAAGAUAUUUUAAUAUUGAUACCAAAAGUGGGACCAAGGGCUCGGUUUAAGAAGAAACUCAGGAUGUUAAAGGAGGAAGAAAGUAAAAGAAAUGGAGAACUUGGUCCUAAAGCGUGCCAACAGCAAGAAAAAGCUGCACCUGGUUUAUCCAAGGUUGUGUCCUCAGCAAGUAAUAUAUAUGGAAAAAGAAAAAGUGAAAUUGAGCUUCAGGAGAAAUCUAAAGAAGACAAACCAGCAGUAAAACGGCAGCGUGGCAGCUUUCAAAACUCAGAAGAAAUGAUACUGAAUGACGUAAAAAACAUUAUGGCCCAUGUUCAUACUAACCUAAGCAAUCAAGACAGCACAGAUCUUAAUGAAUUCCUAAAGACCAAAAUUAAAGAUCUGGAGAUGGACAAGAGGGAGUUAGUUGGUGUAUUUGGUAAAACUGGAGCUGGAAAGACUUCAUUGAUAAAUGCUGUCUUAGGUGUACGGACACUUUUGCCAUCAGGAGAUGUUGAUGCAUGUACCUCGGUCAUGAUUAAAGUGGAGUCAAAUAUGCACAACUCAAAGUAUGAAGCAGAGAUAGAGUUUAUCACCAAAGAGGAGUGGGAAGACGAGGUGGGAACCAUAGACCAGUCUUUUGAAGAUGAUGGAGAGCAGGAGAGGCAUGACGACGAUGAUGAUAUUGAUAGCCGUUAUGACCUUUUUGAAAAGCUUUCAGCAGUGUAUGGAGAAGAAUGGAAACAAAAAUCCUCGCAACAACUCAUGGAUAUUAAAAACUUCAGAGAGAUUCCAGAAUUUCUUCAGUCCACAAAGAAGAUUUUAACUUGUGAAUCUUCCAAGGACUUAUCUUCAAAAAUUGUUAAAUACACCAGACAAGGAGGCAAAAGAGAGAUACAAAGGUGGUAUUGGCCACUUGUGAAGUGUGUGACUGUCAAAGUGCCAAAUAAUGAUUUUCUCCAGCAUGUAACUCUGGUGGACCUUCCUGGGAAUGGAGAUCGUAACAAGAGCAGGGACACAAUGUGGAAGAGGAUUGUUGGAAACUGUUCUGCUGUGUGGAUUGUAUCUGAAAUCAACCGGGCAGCAGCAGAUAAAGAAUCCUGGGAGAUCCUAAAAAGUGCAAGCAGUCUCCUGGGAAACGGUGGCGAGUGUCGACACAUUCACUUUAUCUGCACCAAGUCUGAUGUAUUAGGAGAUGUACAUGAUAAUUCAGCAGCUGAUCUUCAGGCCUUAAUCCUCAAAAGAAACAUGAAAGCAAAGCUAGCAGUGAACAAAGAAUUCAACAAGAUAACCAUGGUUAAGGUAGGCAUCAAACAUCUAAAUAUUUGUAAGAGUAAUGCUGGUGUUAAUAAGGUUGUGAGUAAACACCUUCAGAGAAAGCUCAAUUCUCAACUUGCUGGAAUCAGAAAGGAAAUGGGAAUGAUAUACGCCACAUUUGGAAAAUGUCUUGAUGAAGGAGUUGAAAUAUCCAAAAAUUCAUGUGACCAAAUCCUGAAGUCCAUCUUGCAUCUUGCAAGAAAGAGCGGAAGUGCCCAAUAUAAUAUCAUGAAGAAUGCUGUGAAAAAUGGUGGCAUCCACCUACCUAAAAAGGGGAAAGAAAUAAAUUUCAACAUGAAAUUAUCUGCAUCACUGAAUAAGAGCAUUGACGAAGAAUUCAGAAAGACCUUCCCUGUUGAAGGAAACUGUGGUCCCUUUAAUGGAGUGAUCAAUACAUUUUCACUUGAUACUGAAAAAUUACAAGAAAAGUACAAAGAUGCAGAACUGCAGUUGAUAUUUCUCAAGACAGAGGAGGAAAAGCUCAAGAAAAAACUGACUAAAAUGACUCGUGACGGAAAGAAAGAAGUCUACAUCAGUCUAACAAAGAAAGUUGAAGAAAUUAUGCAAGAGUGCUAUAGAGAAGCAGCACAGUUUCAAGGAAAGAACACACUACAGAACAUCAGAGAAACUAUAAAAAGACAUGUAAACAAUAACAAGGACACCAUGUUUGCAAAAGCAAAAGACGUCAUGAUGGAGAAACUCAUGAAAUUGAUGGUGGACAUCCUGGGAGUUUUGGAAAAAGAAAUGAUGGAGUCCAUCGAGCUGUCUGUCGAAGCUGAAGACGACUCCAUUCCAGAUGUGUCCACGGCGCUUUCAAUGGUAAAGCAACGCUGGGUUCAGCUGCACAGCAUAAAUUCAUAAAUACCCUAAAACAAACAACACUUUUUAAUUAUAGUACAUUCUUUUGUAAAUGCCAAUGUUUGCAACUUUUUUUAAGCUUAUGUUAACCAUGGACAAAAUGUAAUUUUAGUUAUUUUUCUUUAUGACACUAUGAAUCUAGAAUGAUCCUUCUAGCGUUUGCAGUUAUUUUCAAUACUCUAGCACUUAGUUUCUUUCAUCCUGUUACAUAUCCAGAUAUAAAUGUAGCAAUUGAACAGUUUUUGUGCAAACUUUAUCAACUAAACACCUCCCUAUUGAUCAGAGUAUCUAAUUCUUUUAACCCAUGUUUUUAUUUAUAUAUGUAUAUGUUUUGAACUGCCAACAUUUUGUUGUUUCAGAUAGGCGAAUUGUUGUUCUGUUAGGAGUGAAUAGUAAUAAUAAUAUUAGUCCACCAGUUUUAAAUAAUGAUAGAUUGUUAUUCAAAACUGUGCUUUGAAUUGAGGAGUUUACAAAUGUUCUCAUUUUUACAAAUUUAACUCAGCCCAAACUGCUUCAGUUAGGCUCUGCAAUGAGAUUAAUAAAGUGAUACCAAAUAAUAGAGAUUAGAAUUAAUAUGCUAGAAGUGAAUCAGCUAGAUUCAAAGAGCUCCUAUAUAUAAAUUCUUAUACAUAUAUUGUAGUUUCUGAAUAUAUGUCUCGUAAAUUGAAAAAAAAUGGCUUCUGUAAUUUUACUGGAAUUCCACUUUGUUCCUAAAUCAAAGAUUGUAAG